AGUAUUCGUUUUGGAAAUCGCAUUUCAACAUUUACAUAUACCUGUUGCUGUCAGUGCACGUGUUGUUUGUAAACAUAAGAAGUCAAUGAUUGUCAGAGAUGAGUUCUAGUGAUGAUGAAAUAGACGUGUUCCGAAAAAAAGUUUUAAGUAUCAACCCCACAUCGAGUAAGAUUUCCAAGAAAGGACCAGUGGAACAAGAUUCAGACAGUGAUGAUUCAGACAGUGAUGACUCAGACAGUGCUAUGUCAGCAGAUUUUCCGUCAAAUUAUUCAAUACCAAAACAAGAAUUGUCUUCAGAAUCUGAGAGUUCAGAACUUGACACUCAACAGCAUAAAAAGUCAGUGAAAUUGAAACCUGUGAAAACUAAAACUAAGGACAAAAAUGAUACCAAAGUACAUAAAGUGACGAAAGGAACGAAAAGGAAGUUGAAAAUGAAAGAGGAGGAACCUGAUCAGUCAGAAGAUGAGCCUGAGGAGGUUACCAUGAGUAACGUAGAAAAGGUUUCUCCUGAAGAUGGGGAAGAAUAUACUGCAAUAAGAGAAGAGUUGUCACACAUGUCGUUUGAGGAACUACAGAAGUUGAGAGAUCGCUUGGGAGUAAAGGUCUACAAACAAGUGAUGAAAGGUGAAAGAAAACAAACACAUCAUCUUUCCACAGCGAAGAGGAGUUUCAAACGAGAAAAUAAAAAUAGACCAAUGGAAGCAUCAUCCAAGAAACCAGUGUCCAUUUACAGAGACGUAAUUCCAGUGAAAAAGAGGGUUACUCGGGAUCCUAGGUUUGAUGACAUGUCCGGGAAAUACAACGAAGCCAUCUUCAAGAGCUCGUAUGCAUUUCUUGAUGAUGUGAAGAAAAGGGAAAAAGAGAAACUGGCGAAACAGCUGAAGAAGACAAAGAAUGACCAGAAGAAAAAGGAAUUACAGUACUUGAUCAACAGAAUGGACCAGCAGGCAUCUGCUGACAAACAGAAGCAGACGAGGAAAGAGCUGGAGAAGGACUGGAAGAAGAAGGAGCUAGGUCGGGUGGUGGAGGGCAAGAACCCAUACUUCCUCAAGAAAGGUGACUUACGGAAGCUGGAGCUGGCCGAGAGAUUUAAGGAGCUGAAGAAGACAGGUAAACUUGACAAGUACAUGGGGAAAAAGAGGAAGAAGAACGCGAGCAAGGAGAAGAAGAAGCUGCCAGACUAGACCAUCUACCACUGGACUGCGAUUGUGCUGUAGCACGUGUAAUAAGAACCAGACAGUGCAACAAUUCUAAUAAUGACAAACGUUAAAUAUGAGGACAAGAAAGAUACUUGAAACAAUGUGAACGUUUGUUACCAAUCAGUCAUAAAAUAUGACUGUAUUGAUUUAAUAUUAUGGAGGGGAUGAAAAUGCUUAUGUUCAUAUUUGCUUAAUUAAUUUUGGGUAAAAGGUCCGUAUUCAAAUUCUCUACAUGUAUGGUGACAAUACUUCUUUGAAAACCUACAUUGAUGUUCAGAUCCACAGAACAGACUUGGUUUGAGAUGUCAAACAUGUACUUGUUAAGAAGAGUUACUGCAUAAAUCAAGCAAGACAGGCUUUGAAAGGCUGAACAAAGUGCUCUUGUUUUGAAAUAAAGAUGUGUCCUAGCCAA